CGCCGCCCGUGCGAAGAUGGCGGCUGAGCUGCAUCCGCGCAGCGGAAAACUGAUCGGUUUGUCGAACUCCAACCGAACCGCUCAACGAAAUCAGCCGGUACAGGAAUUCAAUCACGGCCUGGUCCUCAGUCUGGAGCCGCUUAGGGACCGCGAUGUCUUCACUGUCCGCAUCGACAAGAAGGUGAACUCUUGGAGCGGCUCUAUAGAAAUCGGUGUGACGGCGCUGGACCCAGCCGGUCUGGAAUUUCCCAGCAGCGCCACAGGGCUAAAAGGGGGCUCGUGGAUUGUGUCUGGCUGCUCUGUGCUGAAGGACGGCCGUUCGGUCCUGGAGGAGUACGGUCGGGAUCUUGACCAGCUUGGGGAAGGAGAUCGCGUGGGCAUCCAGCGGAACGGGAAAGGAGAGCUACACCUGUGGGUGAACGGGCAGGACUGCGGCGCCGCUGCCAGUGGACUUCCAUCUCGACUGUGGGCUGUGGUGGACCUCUAUGGGAAGUGCACACAAGUGACUGUAGUGUCAUGUGAACCGCCGUCUGAAAUGGAGGGUGAAGAGGAUGAAGAGGUGGAGGAUGAGAUUGUGUCGACGCAGGCAGUGUCCAUUAUGGCAGAUGCCUGUCGUAGUCAUGAUGAUAGAGCUGCUGUACUGACUGCAGCUGCUGCUACCACAGAGCGGAUGAACGGAUCAGCGGAGGAAGUGCCUGAGGUGUCAAGGACGCACAGUCGGCCGGACAAAUUUCCAAAUAACUUUGAGCCUGAUAGUGUUUUGACAGAGCAUCAGUUGUUUGAUGUGUUCAACAAUGCCAUUGUGUCUCUGUAUCGCUCGGAGGAUGAGGGUGCAGAGGAUUUGGGUGUUGGGGGUGGAGGUGGUGGCUCUGACUCCUCGAGGGGUGGCACAGGAAGUAACGGUGGAGGCAGAGGAACAGGAAGUGACAGUGGCAUUGGUGGCGGAGGUGGAGGUGGAGGCAGUAGCAGCAAUAGCAGCCCGGCGGGCAACUCUGGUGGGGCAGCAGGACUAGGGGUGGGCACUGGUGGAAUGACCACCAACGAUGCACUGCUGUUUCAUGAGAAGUGUGGCACGCUGAUCAAACUGAGCAACAAUAAUAAGACGGCUGAAAGAAGGAGACCACUGGAUGAGUUUAAUAAUGGAGUCGUCAUGACCAAUCGACCACUCAGGCACAACGAAAUGUUUGAGAUUCGCAUUGACAAACUGGUGGAUAAAUGGUCUGGUUCCAUUGAGAUUGGAGUGACAACCCACAACCCAAAUAAUCUUGACUACCCUGCAACAAUGACCAAUUUGCGCUCAGGCACAAUCAUGAUGAGUGGCUGUGGGAUUUUAACCAAUGGGAAAGGGACUCGUCGGGAAUACUGUGAAUUCAGCCUGGAUGAACUACAGGAGGGAGAUCACAUUGGGCUGAUGAGGAAAGCCAGUGGAGCACUGCACUUCUACAUUAAUGGCAUUGAUCAAGGGGUUGCAGCCAAUCAGACACCUGCUGUAGUGUAUGGAGUGGUGGAUCUCUAUGGCAUGGCAGUUAAAGUCACCAUUGUGCACAACCAUAACCACAGUGAUCGCUUGCGCCGCAAUAACGCCAUCAUGAGGGCGCUGUCACCUGAUGUGGGUCGACCCCGACCUGCGCUCUCAUUAACCCCCGAGCCUGAUAUCCCAGACCGCUUGCUCUUCCAUCCAAACUGUGGGCAGAAGGCCGCAAUUAUCAGCGACGGACGGACUGCUUUACGACCUCACGCAACGGAUGACUUCAACCAUGGUGUUGUGCUUAGCAAUCGUCCAUUGCACUCCAAUGAGGUUUUCCAGGUGCGCAUUGACAAAAUGGUGGACAAAUGGGCUGGCUCCAUAGAGAUUGGUGUGACGACUCAUAACCCUGCCUAUCUUCAGCUACCGUCAACCAUGACCAACCUGCGCUCGGGAACCUGGAUGAUGACUGGAAAUGGGGUCAUGCACAAUGGAACUACAAUUCUGGAUGAAUACGGGCACAAUUUGGACCGUCUAAAAGCUGGAGAUACGGUGGGAGUUGUCCGAAAGGAAGAUGGGAGUUUGCAUUUCUUUGUGAAUGGAGUGCCUCAAGGUCCUGCUGCCUGGAAUGUUCCGCCCAGCGUGUAUGCAGUAGUGGAUCUGUAUGGACAGGCUGCUCAGGCCACCAUCAUGGAUGAUAUGGCUGAUCUCCCUCCCUUGCCUGACGACAGCUCCGAGGGUCCCACUGCCAUGUCCCCUGGUAGCCCGUGUUCAAUUUCGGGAGCCACAGCUGCCAAUGACCUGCGCUUUCAUCAGCUGCACGGCACAAACGCAGUCAUCACCAACGGUGGCCGAACAGCACUUAGGCAGAACUGCCGCAGCGAGUUUAAUGAUGCCAUCGUCAUUUCAAACAGGUGCCUUCGGGAAGGAGAGCUCUUUGAAAUUGUGAUUCAGAAAAUGGUGGAUCGCUGGUCAGGCUCUAUAGAAGCAGGAGUGACAGCGAUCAGACCCGAAGAACUGGAGUUUCCAAAUACGAUGACUGAUAUUGACUAUGACACAUGGAUGCUGAGUGGCACAGCGAUCAUGCAGGAUGGCAAUACCAUGAGGAACAACUACGGCUGUGACUUGGACUCUCUGACCACGGGCUCCAGGAUCGGGAUGAUGCGCACAGCAACUGGAGACCUGCAUUACUUUAUCAACGGCCUCGACCAGGGUGUAGCUUGUACUGGGCUGCCAUCAGAACUGUUUGCUGUGAUCGAUCUUUAUGGUCAGUGUGUGCAAGUGUCCAUUACAAGUUCAUCUGGUCCACUGGAUAACAGUCUGUGUACCAGUAACAUCACAGAAAAGAGCUUCCCUAUACAUUCCCCGGUGGCAGGAGUAGCUCAUCGCCUGCACAGUAAACAUGGUAAAAACGUGGUGUUAUUAGGAGACGGAUGCCAAGCGCUGAGGGUUGGAGGUUAUGCCCAUGGAAUCGUCUUUAGUGCAAAAGAGCUCAAAACAGAUGAGGUGUUUGAGGUGAAAAUUAACAAGGUGGAUGAGAGGUGGUCUGGUUCUCUUCAUGUGGGGUUGACCACCCUGCAGCCCCCUGACCUGCCGUCCUGCCCUCUCAGCGGACUCUCGCCUUCACUUACUCAGCUCAGGACGAAGGUCACAUGGGUCUUGGCUGGCUCUGAGGUCAGACGUAAUGGAGUGCUGCAGAGACAGAACUAUGGCUGCUCUCUGGAUCGCCUCACGGUUGGAAAUCGUGUCGGGGUGAAGAGAUGCAGUGACGACACCAUGCACAUUCUCAUUGAUGGGGAAGAUAUGGGACCAGCAGCCACUGCAGUAGCGAAGAAUGUAUAUGCUGUAUUGGACCUGUAUGGAAAGGUGACGGCUGUGUCCAUCGUCAGUUCAACGCUAGUUGAGGAUUCAGAGAGUGUGAAAGCGCCCUCGCUCUCGUCCGACAGCUGCAGCGAAGGAGAGGAGGACUGCACUCCUGUAAGAGAGUGUGAGAAUGAGCCUCCGCUGGUGCCCACGGUCAUGACAUUUUUGGAGAAUCAUGGGAAGAAUAUCCAGCUGUCCAAUCAGAAUCUGACGGCCGCACGGGUGUCCAGCUACAACCAGGGGCUUCUGGUCACAGCUCAAGCUCUGCCCCGCCAGCAGCUUUUCCAGUUUCAGAUUGACCGCUUGAAUCCCUCAUGGACUUCGUCUCUUUCCCUCGGUGUGAUUGGUCAUUCGCCAGACAGACUCAACUUUCCUUCCACGGCCUGCUGCCUUAAACGCUCAGUCUGGCUACUGCAACGAGACUCUGUUUUCCACAACUCACUCAAGAUUUGUGAGAACUAUGGUCCUAACCUGGAUACAUGUCCUGAAGGGACAGUGUUGGGACUGUUGGUGGACAGUAGUGGUUGUCUCCAUUUGUUUGUGAAUGGUAUGGAUCAGGGUGUAGCGGCACAGGACAUCCCGAGCCCCUGUUACCCCCUCAUUGACCUUUACGGCCAGUGUGAACAGGUGACUAUCGUGGCGAAUCAUGUGCCGGUGGUUGGCGGUGAGCGAGGAGACCUGCGCUGUCAAGGGGACAUGGAGAAGGCUGAUAUGGUGGACGGUAUAAAGGAGAGUGUCUGCUGGACGCCUCCUCCCGAGGUCAACCCUAAUAAGACCUGCGAGUAUCAAGCGCUGUGCUCCAGAUUCAAAGACCUGCUCACACUGCCUGAUGGUUACUUUAACGAGGAUGCCAAGUACAACCUGUGUUACUGUGAGUCCUGUCAUAAAUUAAGGGGUGAUGAGGCCUAUUACAAGCGAGGAGAGCCCCCCAGAGACUACGCUUUACCAUUCGGCUGGUGCCGCUUUGCACUCCAGAUCAAGACCCACUGUGAAGUCUCCAAUGCCUUCAAGAAGUGGCACAUUGCGUAUCAUGGCACGAGUGUAGGUUCCCUUAGACGCACCCUGGACCACAACCAACUCUUGUCAGCAGAAUCGUCCUGUAUUUUCUCGUCAUCCUCGGUGAAGACAGAGGGUCAUGGCAGCUACGGAGAGCCGGAGGAGAACAGCGCUCCAGAGAGAGACGUUCCCAGAGUGCAGCUCUCACCAACCAUGCGCUAUUCCGGCCUUGAGGUCUUCGCUCCGAAAGUGCAAUUUCGAGACCCGCGUUCGCUCCGCUGUCACCAGGCUCAGGUGGGCUUCCAGGUGUGUGUCCGGCCAGGCUCCUAUAAAGUGGGUCCGUCGUCUUUAGGAAUCAGCGAGCCGCUAGACCCGCGAUUCAGCAAUGCAGAAAUCGAAUGGAUCACCAAGGAGAAAGGAGGCACGCUUCUAUACGGCCUGCUCAUACGAGUGGAGUAAAAACAGACUCGAGCAAAGGAGAUCACCGUCAUCCUCCUCCUCACCAUUAAACCAAAUUUCAUCGCCACCGUUGAGGAUUUUAGCAUUGUUUUGCUGCCCAAGCUCACUCAUCUCUGCAUGUUUCAGACAUUCUUUUGAGUUCGUUCUGUUUUGAAGGAGGGCGAUGAAAAUCCCCAGAGACAAAAACACUGCCUGCACUUUAUGUUUUGGACACUGGUGGGCGAUUUUUAGUUUUUCUGUUCAAUUCACUCACUCAGCAGGCUCUCCGUGAUUUUUUUUCUGUCUGUUCAUACAUUAAAAAAAUCCAUAUAUCACCUCUUUUUUUUAACCUUGAGAGCCUGUUUUUGUCACAGAAAUAAUGCUGGACUGAAGCAACACAAAACCACAAGUUCACAGCACAGCUCUGGAUUUAUCCUCCUGUUUUUUCUUAAGACUCGCAAGGGACAAAUCAACCUGGAAAUGACCUGUUUCAACGACUAUUUCAAGAAACGGACAACCUGAAAAUGACCUAAAAGAUGCAGCAAAAUCAGGAAGAGACUCAGCGUUACUGUUUGUUUAUCACUUUCUUUUGUUUACUCCAGAGCUUCUGCUCUAUAUUUGGUCAUUAUAGCUGUGUAUUUAUGCACAAAUUACAGUGUUUAGUGGAUCAAAAAUUCUACAUGAAGACAAGAAGGUAAGAAUUGGCUUGUGUUUUUAUUUAAAAAAAAUUUGUGAAUACACAGUUAUAACCAUCUAUGGAG